AGAGAGAGAGAGAAAGUGUGUGUGUAUAAGCUCCCCCUCAGCUGUAUCCUGGAGGUUCCACAUACACCCCUGUAGUGAGUCUUGGUCACACGGUACGCACGUCCUACUCUACUCUACUCUACUCCGCACCGUGCCGCGUAGCGUCGCCUCGCUCUCGAUCGCACCUCCUCUGUCCUUCUCCAGCAUGCCCUGGUUCCUAAAGGAGUAACAGAGGACAGAGGAUGUUGUGUAUGGACCGUCCAAGGCCAUCAUCCUAGUAGUUCCCUUAAGUAGUGCGCAUUAAGACUGACCGGUCCGUCCCUUCACUGCUCUGCGCUGUCCCAGAGGCCUGGCCAUGUCUCAGGGCUACUACGUCAGCAGGACUGUGGCGCUCAGCGCCGCUGUUGUGGCUGUGGUCGCCGCCAUCACCAUUCUGUCCCUGUCCGUGGCCGUGUCCAAACACAAGUGCCCUGCAGGAGGCGAUGGAGACGGAGGGGCCGACGGGGGCGGAGGGGGGACGCAGGUGGGGCCCACUCUGCCCCCCGAGGACAGGGAACCCUGGGAUAGGUACCGCCUGCCGGACACGCUGCACCCCGUCCACUACGACGUCAACCUGUGGCCUCGCCUGACCACGAACGAGCACGGCCUGUACGUCUUCACCGGACACUCUACGGUGGACUUUGAGUGCGUGAAGGAGACAGACCUGAUCCUCAUUCACUCCAGCAAGCUCAACUUCACCAUGUUCAGCGGGCACAACGCCACACUGACUGGGCUCCGUGGAGCGAGAGCUCCCUCCAUCAAGACCACGUGGCUUCAGGAGAAGACAGAGUACCUGGUCAUCCAGCUCAGUGGACGACUCGUCCCUGGACACUCUUACCAGCUCCACACCAAGUUUCAGGGAGAACUGGCCGAUGACCUCGAGGGAUUCUACAGGAGUGAAUACACCGAGAACGGCGUCAAAAAGAUCGUGGCCACCACUCAGAUGCAGGCUACGUACGCCAGGAAAGCGUUCCCGUGUUUCGACGAGCCGGCCAUGAAGGCGGUCUUUGACAUCACCCUGAUCCACCCGCCUGGAACCAUAGCGCUGUCCAACAGCCGAGACGCUGAAAUCAUCCAAGCGUCUCUGGAUGGAACCGAUGUGCUGGUCACCAGGUUUGAGCCGACCAAACGCAUGUCCACGUACAUCUUGGCCUUCAUCGUGUCCGAUUUUGGCUCCAUCCAGAAGGACGACGCUGGCUCUACAACCCUGGUUCGAAUCUGGGCCAGGAAAACGGCGCUGGAUUCAGGACACGGGGCCUACGCCCUCAACGUAACCCUUCGCAUGCUGGAGUUCUUCGAGCGCUACUACAACACCAGCUACCCGCUCACUAAAUCAGACCAGGUGGCUCUCCCUGACUUCAGCGCGGGCGCCAUGGAGAACUGGGGCUUGAUCACUUACCGAGAGACGAGCCUCCUGUACGAUCCUGGCACGUCCUCCAAUGGGAACAAGGAGAGGGUUCUAACGGUCAUCGCACACGAACUGGCCCAUAUGUGGUUUGGCAACCUGGUGACUCUGAGGUGGUGGAACGACCUGUGGCUGAACGAAGGCUUCGCCUCCUACGUGGAGUAUCUUGGAGCCGACCACGCCGAACCCUCCUGGCAUAUUAAAGACAUGAUCGUGCAGGGGGACGUCCAGAGGGCGUUCGCUGCGGACUCGCUGGUCUCCUCUCACCCUCUGACCCGCAGUGAGCACGAGGUCAGCAGGCCAGAGGAGAUCAGCCAGAUGUUCGACACCAUCUCCUACAACAAGGGUGCAGCUGUCCUGAGAAUGCUGUCGGAGUUCCUGUCUGAGCCCGUGUUUGUGAAAGGACUCAGUUCCUAUUUGCAUCAGUUUGCUUUUGGCAACACUGUAUAUUCAGACCUUUGGGACCAUUUGCAGGCUGCUGCGCAGAGCACAGGGUUGAAUCUGCCCUACUCCGUCCACGACAUCAUGAACCGCUGGAUCCUCCAGAUGGGGUUCCCUCUGGUUACCAUAGAUACCACAACAGGAAACAUCAGCCAGAAGCACUUCCUGUUGGACCCUGAUGCGGUGGUGGACAGGCCGUCUGUUUACAAUUACCAAUGGAUUGUGCCAAUCAAGUGGAUGAAGAAUGGCGCACAUCAGGAUCAACACUGGCUGAUUGAGAAGUCAGCUGUGUUUGCACCAAUGAGAGCGAGUGGAAGCGAGUGGGUGUUGGCCAACCUCAAUGUCUCCGGCUACUACAGGGUUAACUACGACCAGCAGAACUGGGAGCGUCUCUUCGCUCAACUGAGCUCUGACCACCAGGUGAUUCCCAUCAUCAACAGAGCUCAGAUAAUAGACGAUGCUUUCAGCCUGGUCAAAGCGCGGAUCCUAAACACCACCAUGGCCCUGCAGACCACCCAGUACCUGGUGCAGGAGAGAGAGUACAUGCCCUGGGAGGCUGCCUCCAGGAGCCUGCACUACUUCUUCCAGAUGUUCGACCGCACCGAGGUCUACGGACCCAUGCUGGCCUAUCUGCGGAGGCUCGUCCAACCCCUCUAUGACCACUUCCAGACUGACCAACCCCUGAGCCACACUAUGGCGUACACGAAAGGCAUCGCGGUCUCUCUGGCCUGCACCACUGGUGUUCCACUGUGUAAGGAGCAGGUUCUCGAUCGGUUCCGCCAGUGGAUGAGAGAACCGCACAACAACAGGAUCGACCCCAACCUGAAGUGGGUGGUGUACUGCCAUGCCAUGGCGGCGGGCGGUGAGGCGGAGUGGAACUUUGCGUGGGAGAUGCUGCAGAACGUUACCAUGGCGUCGGAGGCGGCGCGGCUACGCAGUGCUCUGGGCUGCACCAAAGUGCCCUGGCUCCUCAACAGGUACCUGGAGUACUCUGUGGAUCCCAGCAAGAUACGCAAACAGGAUGCUGCGUCCACUAUUGGCUAUGUAGCCUCCAAUGUGGUGGGUCAGUCUUUUGCGUGGGACUUCUUCAGAUCAAAAUGGGACUAUCUCUUCAAGGAAUUCGGAGGAGGCUCCUUCGUCUUCCCCUCUCUCAUCUCCUCGGUAACCAGACGCUUCUCCACAGAGUUUGAGCUUCAGCAGUUGCUGGAUUUCCAGAGGGAGCAUCCGGACCUGGGCUCUGGGAAGCUAGCGCUGGACCAGGCCAUAGAGAAGACCCGGGCCAACAUCAAAUGGAUGGCCGAGAACAAGAAGCCGGUGCUGGACUGGUUCAACUCUCAGGCUGCAUCAUCAUAGGACAGCAGAGCAGUGUGGGUGGUGGUGGUGGUG